ACCCUUUCUGUGCUUAUAAUAUUAAAAGCUAUUUCCAUUUCCAAUCAAUCCAAGCUUCCUACCAGACGAAUUAAACUUGUAACAGCUUCACAAAAAUGGUGGUUACGGGGACUGGCGAGGGUCUUCCCAACUUGAAGACGUUAGCCAUCCAAAUCCUCACCAGCCCAUGGUUCAUAGUCUUCGGUUCAAUCCUCAUAUUGUCCAACGCCGGUGGCACCUACGUGUUCGGCCUCUACUCCAGUGACAUUAAGGAUGCUUUAGGAUAUGACCAGACCACCCUCAACCUCCUCAGUUUCUUCAAGAACCUUGGCGCCAACGUGGGUAUCCACGCCGGAUUAAUGGCUGAGGUAACCCCACCGUGGUUUAUCCUCACUGUCGGCGCCGUAUUGAACUUGUUCGGCAGCUUCAUGAUGUGGCUUGCCGUGACCAAAAAAAUCUCCCGACCGGCAGUCUGGCAAAUGUGUCUGUACAUCUGCGUUGGCGCCAAUUCUCAGGCGUUCCCCAACACCGCUUCCUUAAUCACGUGCGUCAAAAAUUUUCCCCAAAGUCGUGGAGUCGUUUUAGGAAUCCUCAAAGGCUAUGUCGGCCUUAGCGGCGCGAUAAUGACACAGCUGUACCAUGCUAUCUACAACAACAACUCAAAGCAAUUGAUUUUGCUGAUCGGAUGGUUACCGGCAGCGGUUUCGUUGGUUUUUGUUCGAACUAUUCGUUUCAUGAAGGUAACUCAUCAGGCUAAUGAGUUGAAGGUGUUUUACAAGAUUCUUUACAUCUCCCUCGGUCUGGCGGGGUUUCUGAUGAUAAUAAUCAUCAUGGAGAAAAAGUUCUCCUUCACACAGGGGGAGUACGGCGGCAGCGCCGCCAUAGUUCUUAUUUUGCUCUUUUUGCCGAUAGCGGUUGUGAUUGCAGAGGAAUUGAAAAUUUGGAAGGCGAAGCAAGAUGUCCUUCAUGAUCCUUCUCCAGUAAAAGUAAUCGCCGAGAAGCCAACCUCAGAAACAGCCUCCUUAGACCAGCCAGUGUCAACAACCAGCUCCAUUGAGGCCAGAGUUUCCGGUGAUCAAACAAAUAUUUCUUGCUGGAAAACUGCUUUUCAGCCACCCAAUAGAGGCGAAGACUACACCAUUCUCCAGGCACUUUUAAGCUUGGACAUGUUAAUCCUCUUCUUGGCAACAAUCUGUGGUAUGGGAGGCACUUUAUCGGUCAUAGACAACUUGGGACAGAUCGGAGCCUCCCAGGGGUACCCCACGCAGAGCAUCAGCACCUUUGUAUCGCUGGUGAGCAUAUGGGGUUACCUCGGCCGUGUCAUUGCCGGUUUUGUUUCGGAAAUCAUCUUAACUAAGUACAAAUUCCCCCGCCCUCUUACGCUCACUCUCGUCGUGCUCCUCUCGUGCCUCGGUCACCUCCUGAUUGCCUUCAACGUCCCUGGCGGCCUCUAUGUUGCUUCCAUAAUCAUCGGAUUCUGUUUCGGGGCACAGUGGCCUUUAGUUUUAGCAAUAAUUUCCGAAAUUUUUGGACUCAAGUACUACUCCACAUUACUCAACUUCGGGACCGCGGCAAUUCCUAUUGGAUCCUACAUCUUCAAUGUGAAGGUGAUCGGAAAUUUGUACGAUAACGAGGCAAAGAAGCAGCUUUGCCUUCUGAAAAUCAGAUCUUGGGUUUGCGUGGAACCCAAGAUCCAGGGUUCCUCGCAAACCCAGGAGCCUUGGUUCCCCGUGAACCUAGUAUCCUGGGUUCCUUGCAAACCCAAGAUGAACCAAGCUCUCACCUGGGUUCGCGAUGAACCCACCCAGGUAUGCACUAGCUACCCAAAAGCAAUCGCCCCUUGAAAUUGGCCCCAUGUGUUUAAGAUCCUAUUUCUCAUAGAUCUUGGAAUAUUCUGCUUGAUUUGGCUGUUUGAAUGAGAUUUUCAUUGUACUAAGUUUAUGAACCCAUAAAUAAAAUUUACAGAUUGAG